AGAAAGGGUGGCAGUGAAAGCGGAUGAAGAAUUGUGUGUAAAUAAACCAUCGAGUAACCUUGAGCUGUUGGCCAGUUUGGUUGUCUACACUGCGGGCCCAGUGAGCUGUGGACCAGGUCAAAGGCCAGUAUUCUGAGGAGCCAGCUGUCAGGGUUUAGCUAGAAACAAGCUAAUGUGUAAACUGGCCUUGAGGUCUUUUUAAGCUGCUUCAUUUUCCCAGCGUCGGUGAAAAGAGGGGACUUUAUUUCAGAGUUUGCUGGCCAGCUGCUGUUUCAUUGAACUAUUGAUGUUUUCUUUUGGGAAGCCGGUCUUCUUGAGUGUCUCCACAGUGAAGGGGAAGACCAACGAGUGGAACAAGAAUGAUGACCGGCUGCUACAGGCCGUGGAGAAUGGAGACACGGAGAAGGUGGCCUCCCUACUGGGCAAGAAGGGAGCCAGUGCCACCAAGCAGGACAGCGAGGGCAAGACCGCCUUUCAUCUUGCUGCUACAAAAGGGCAUGUGGAAUGCCUCAGGGUCAUGGUUACACAUGGCGUGGAUGUGACUGCCCAAGAUACUGCCGGACACAGUGCCUUGCACCUCGCAGCCAAGAACAGCCACCACGAAUGCAUCAGGAAGCUCCUUCAGUCAAAAUGCCCAGCCGGAAGUGUGGACAGCUCUGGGAAAACAGCUUUACAUUAUGCAGCGGCACAGGGCUGCCUUCAAGCUGUGCAGGCUCUUUGCGAGCACAAAAGCCCCAUAAACCUCAAGGAUUUGGAUGGGAAUAUACCACUGCUUCUUGCAGUACAAAGUGGCCACAGUGAGGUCUGUCACUUUCUCCUGGAUCAUGGAGCAGACGUAAAUUCCAGGGACAAAAAUGGAAGAACUGCUCUCAUGCUAGCCUGUGAGAUCAGCAGCUCUAAUAUUGUGGAAGCCUUAAUUAAAAAGGGUGCAGACCUAAACCUUGUAGAUUCUCUUGGACACAAUGCCUUACAUUAUUCCAAACUCUCAGAAAAUGCAGGAAUUCAAAGCCUUCUAUUAUCAAAAAUCUCUCAGGAUUCUGAUUCAAAGACACCAACAAAACCAAAGCAGCAUGAUCAAGUCUCUAAAAUAAGCUCAGAAAGAAGUGGAACUCCAAAAAAACGCAAAGCUCCACCACCUCCUAUCAGUCCUACCCAGUUGAGUGAUGUGUCUUCCCCAAGAUCAAUAACUUCAACGCCACUUUCGGGAAAGGAAUCCGUGUUCUUUGCUGAACCACCCUUCAAGGCUGAGAUCAGUUCUAUACGGGAAAACAAAGACAGACUAAGUGACAGCACGACAGGUGCUGAUAGCUUAUUGGAUAUAAGUUCUGAAGCUGACCAACAAGAUCUUCUCGUCCUGUUGCAAGCAAAAGUUGCUUCUCUUACCUUACACAAUAAAGAAUUACAAGAUAAAUUACAGGCCAAAUCACCCAAGGAGGCAGAUGCAGACCUGAGCUUUGACUCCUACCAUUCCACUCAAACUGACUUGGCCCCACCCCUGGGCAGACCUAGUGAAACCCCUCCCCUAGACUCCAAGUCAUCUCCAUCCGUCUUAACACAUUCCUUGAGUAAAUCCACUCUCGACAGUGACGGGCAAAUUCAGCAACUGCAAGAGAUUCUGCAGGACUUGCAGAAGAGACUAGAGAGCUCUGAAGCAGAGAAGCAGCAGCUGCAGGCUGAGCUCCAGUCCAGGAGGGCCGAAUUGGUGUGCGUGAACAGUGCAGAGAUUUCAGAGAAUGGCUCCGACCUCAGCCAGAAACUGAAAGAAACUCAGAGCAAGUACGAGGAGGCCAUGAAAGAAGUCCUUAACGUGCAGAAGCAGAUGAAACUGGGCCUUGUCUCGCCCGAAAGCGUGGACAGUUAUUCACAUCUCCGUGAGUUACGGAUCACUGAGGAGGAAAUAGAUGUGCUCAAGCAGGAUCUCCAGAACGCAUUAGCCGAAAGUGAAAGAAAUAAGGAGAAAGUGAGAGAGUUAGAAGAAAAACUCGUAGAGAAGGAGAAAGAUUUGGGUAUUAAGUCUCCUGGGGAAGAGUACGAGGAGAUGAAAAGUUCAUAUUGCUCUGUGAUUGAGAAUAUGAAUAAGGAGAAAGCUUUUUUGUUUGAGAAAUACCAAGAGGCCCAAGAAGAAAUCAUGAAACUAAAAGAUGCCCUAAAGAGUCAGAUGACACCGGAAGCCGGUGAUGAAGCUGGGGAUAUGAAAGAGGCCAUGAACAGGAUGAUAGAUGAGCUCAACAAACAGGUAAGCGAGCUGUCCCAGCUGUACAAAGAAGCCCAGGCCGAGCUGGAGGAUUACAGGAAGAGGAAAUCUCUAGAAGACGUAACAGCCGAAUAUAUCCAUAAAGCGGAGCAUGAGAAACUGAUGCUAGUGACGAACGUGUCCAGAGCUAAGGCAGAAGAGGCAUUGUCCGAAAUGAAGUCUCAGUACUCAAAGGUAUUGAACGAGUUGACGCAGCUCAAACAGCUCGUGGACGCACAGAAAGAGAACUCUGUCUCCAUCACAGAACAUUUGCAGGUGAUAACCACACUUCGGGCUACUGCGAAAGAGAUGGAGGAAAAAAUAAGCAGUCUCAAAGAGCACCUUGCAAGCAAGGAAGGGGAAGUAGCAAAACUGGAGAAACGACUCCUGGAAGAGAAGGCCGCGAUGGCCGACGCCAUGGUGCCCAGGUCUGCCUACGCAAAGCUCCAGUCAUCACUAGAAAGUGAAGUGAGUGUGUUGGCCUCAAAAUUGAAGGAGUCCGUAAAAGAGAAAGAGAAGGCCCAUUUGGAGGUCUCCCAGAUUCGAAGUGAGGUCUCACAAGUGAAAAGGGAAAAGGAAAAUAUUCAGGCUCUCUUAAAAUCCAAAGAGCAGGAAGCAAACGAACUUCGGCAACAGUUCCAACAUGCUCAGGAGGAGCUCGCAGAGAUGAAGAGACAGUCGGAGAGCUCUUCCAAACUGGAGGAGGAUAAAGAUAAGAAGAUAAAUGAGAUGUCAAAGGAAGUCACCAAGUUGAAGGAGGCCCUGAACAGUCUCUCACAGCUCUCCUACUCAGCUAGCUCGUCCAAGAGGCAGAGUCAGCAGCUGGAAGGACUGCAGCAGCAGGUCAAGCAGCUACAGAGCCAGCUGGCUGACUGCAAGAAACAACACCAGGAGGUGAUAUCUGUUUACCGAAUGCAUCUUCUGUAUGCUGUGCAGGGCCAGAUGGAUGAAGAUGUCCAGAAAGUACUGAAGCAGAUCCUUACCAUGUGUAAAAACCAGUCCCAGAAGAAGUAGAAUGGAUUCCGUGGCAGGACACUGCCCCCUUGUUGUCCAUCUUUGUGUUAGAUCUGGAGUUGUCGGCAACCACUGCCAUUGUUCUCACUCGUGGUAUGCACCGUGGCCCAGCCUAACUUUUUCCCUUUCCUAAGGCAGCUUUCUGAGGACUGGGUCCAGGAGAGGGCUGUCCUCCCCAGAGCUGCUUAGAGACUUGAGAGCAGCACAAGUGAAACGCCCUGGUGUCCCUUCAGAUUCCAGAGCCGGAAUCUGGAACCAGGGGUCUGGUCCUGGUCCUGGUGCUGGUGGGUGGGCACCUGCUGUGGGACCCGACCAGCUGAGGGGCUUUGUCAUCACUGAGCAAUAUGUUGAGACCUCCCCGCUCAGCGAACGUUGCUUUAGUUCCUACACUCAGGCGGUGUCAGUCAGCACCCGAGAGCCCCUUUGCCUUUGGUUUCCAAGCCCAAAACAUGAUUUAACUUCUGACCAAAAUAGUAUGGCACUCGUUAUGUGGUGCAUACUUAAGAGCCUUUAUCAUGACAUCCUGUGGACUUAAAACAUGAAUCCCAUCAUUUUCCCCCCUCUGCCUUAUAUAGCUCAUCGCCCUGCUUGUUAGUCUCAGAGUUUGAUGAGUACUCUUAACUAAAAUACGAAGUUGAGAAACAAAAGCAAGUUGUCCUUAGAAAUUCUUUUGAAGCAAAUCGUUGACAUAUUGCAAAUCUUCUAUGCAAACUUGCCUCCUGUUAUCUGUGAAGCUCAGGAAUCCAAACAUUCGUGUUUCAACAAGGGACAGUAAACUGCGUGUUUACAGCCAAAAAAAAA